CAGAGCCAGGCGCUGGACAGGGAGCAUCCUGAAGGGACAUGAGAAGGGUAGUCAGACCUUUCCCUUCAGCACUUACAUCUUUUUAUGCAGCAUCUCUCGGGUUGGCAGAUUCGUCUGUUUCAUUUUGGAACUGAGCCUUCCUAGUGUUCCGAGAUUUUUCUGCUGUCUGUUCAGCUUAGCGUGCUAAGAAGCCUGAGAGUUCCUGGCAGCCAAGAUUCAUUUUCCGUCUUAGAAAAGUUUUUGACUACUUUGAGAAAUCACGAAGUUACUCUUGGCUGUACUGUUACUGUUUUGAAUUUUCUUUGUUUCAAGUUUUAAAUUUUUCUACGUGAAGACCAAAACCCUUGGAGAGAGUCUGUUGCAAAGAAGGCUUCUGAUGUCUGAGGCUGGCAAGUGCAUGAAAUGACAUGAGAGGUGCUCGGCAGAAUUCCGGGUUUGCAAAAAGUUUUCCAGGUGCCUGCUAUGUUCAGAAUCAUCCGCAGGGAUGCUGUGAAGAGCUGAGGGCUCUGGCUUAGCCCUUGAAACUUGGAGAGCAAUGGCUGAGAAGGAAAGAUGAGCACCUGGGGGCUCCUUCUAGAAAUGAUUGAGGUUUGCCACCAUUGGCUGCUUUGGCUUUUUCCGUCAAACUUUGGCGUCUUCAUGUGCUGUCCAGCAUCUACUGCAGGUCAGAUGGAGCUUAGGAAGACAAGGGAACCUAGUAAUAAACGGGUCAAACCCCUCUCCAGAGUCACGUCGCUAGCCAACCUCAUCCCGCCUGUGAAGGCUACGCCUUUAAAGCGCUUCAGCCAAACCCUGCAGCGGUCCAUUAGCUUCCGAAGUGAGAGCCGCCCUGACAUCCUUGAGCCCCGACCCUGGUCCAGAAAUGCCACCUCGUCAAGCACAAAGCGGAGAGACAGUAAGCUGUGGAGUGAGACCUUCGAUGUGUGUGUUAAUCAGAUGCUUACGGCCAAGGAAAUCAAACGUCAGGAGGCAAUCUUUGAGCUUUCUCAAGGGGAAGAAGACCUGAUAGAAGACUUGAAAUUAGCAAAAAAGGCCUACCACGACCCCAUGCUGAAACUCUCCAUCAUGACGGAACAAGAGCUGAAUCAAAUUUUUGGAACACUGGACUCUCUGAUUCCUCUGCAUGAAGAGCUCCUUAGUCAACUUCGAGACAUUCGGAAGCCAGAUGGCUCCACCGAACAUGUUGGUCCCAUCCUUGUGGGCUGGCUGCCUUGUCUCAGCUCUUAUGACAGCUACUGCAGUAAUCAAGUGGCUGCCAAAGCCCUGCUGGACCAUAAAAAACAAGAUCAUCGAGUGCAAGAUUUCCUUCAGCGAUGUUUAGAAUCCCCCUUUAGCCGCAAACUAGAUCUCUGGAAUUUCCUUGAUAUCCCAAGAAGCCGGCUGGUGAAGUACCCUCUGCUUCUCCGAGAAAUCCUGAGGCACACCCCAAACGACAGUCCAGACCAGCAGCACUUAGAAGAAGCUAUAAACAUCAUUCAGGGGAUUGUGGCAGAAAUCAACACCAAGACUGGAGAAUCUGAAUGUCGUUAUUAUAAAGAACGGCUUCUUUACUUGGAAGAAGGCCAGAAAGACUCCUUGAUUGACAGUUCGAGAGUCCUGUGUUGUCACGGUGAACUGAAGAACAACCGGGGUGUGAAACUCCAUGUUUUCCUGUUCCAAGAAGUGCUUGUGAUUACUCGAACCGUCACCCACAAUGAACAGCUGUGCUACCAGUUGUACCGACAGCCAAUUCCUGUGAAGGAUCUCCUGCUGGAAGACCUGCAAGACGGAGAAGUGAGGCUGGGCGGCUCCCUGCGAGGGGCUUUCAGCAACAAUGAGAGAAUUAAAAACUUCUUCAGAGUCAGUUUCAAAAACGGAUCUCAAAGUCAAACCCACUCAUUACAAGCCAAUGAUACCUUCAAUAAACAGCAGUGGCUCAACUGUAUUCGUCAAGCCAAAGAAAGCGUUCUGUGUGCUGCCGGGCAGGCAGGGGUGCUGGACUCCGAGGGACCAUUCCUAAAUCCCGCCACUGGGAGCACGGAGCCCCAGGGAGAAACGAAACUCGAGCAGAUGGACCAAUCGGACAGUGAGUCGGACUGCAGCAUGGACACAAGCGAGGUCAGCCUUGACUGUGAGCGCAUGGAACAGACAGACUCUUCCUGUGGGAACAGCAGGCACGUGGAAAGCAAUGUCUGACCCAAGGGCGAGUCCCUCGUGGAAGUGGCCCUGUGUCUUACCUGUACAGUGUUUGCAUUCCACACAUGCAGUGCAGCGGUUUGGAGAAGCACUUUUAAUACUUUUGUGACCAUCUCGGCUCAGCCUCUUGUAUCUGUUACCUUUGUCUCUAGUACUGUAACUGCCAACUGAGCUGUCUGUGUCGGCAGGAACCUGGCAGCCGUUACCCUGUACUGUAUCUAAUAAGUGUCUGGAUGGAUGGAGAGGUACUUUCAGUUGUCCUGCUGGAUUUUUAAAAACAGAAAACAAGAGAGAGAUCUAAACUACUGUUUAAUGUCGAUUGCUCAAAGAGUUCUUCCUCCCAUUCUUCUCUGCGCUUUUCUAGCUCUGGUAUGGUGGCUGAAGGCAUGGGAUUUAGAGGGCUUUGCCAGUGGAAUUUGGGAUGGCAUUUGAGGGAGAACUAGGAAAAACUGACCGUUGAUCUGAAAACUUGGUUCUGUAUUACUCAUCCAGCAAGCGUGAAAACAUCCCUGGGGGUUCCGAAGGUUUAAUUUUACAGAGGAAGAAGUAUUGUUCGAACCUUACGAUUUCCUCCAGUGCAAGUUUGAUGCAGUAAUCGGUGAGGACAUGAAAUAGAGGCUGACUUUGGAAGAACCGGGACAAAAGCAGCUGCCAGCUCUGCAUUUUUAACUAAAGUGCACGCGGCUCCAAGAGGUAUCUGUCAGGGUUGGUGGCCCACCAUAGAAAGCUAUUUGCAGCCUAAAAUAUCAGAAUAGAAAACAAAGGGCCCAGGAAAGCCUACCGGGAUAAUGAGGAAGCCCUGUCUUCAUUUGGUUUCGCUUGCCUAGGCCACCUGUAUUUUACAGUGGGAAUGAAGGGAUAGGAAGAGGGAUGAUACCUGGAUCAGUGACUGAUUACAGAGCACAUGAGAACAAUUGGGAAAAGCGCUUCCUUAGGGUCUUCUAUGGGAACCAUUAAAACAGAAAAGCAAGAAAGCUCGGCCAGCGCCUUCUGAGAAAGGCCACAGCCUUGGGAUUUCCUGCUGUGUUUUCAGGUCAUCCAUUUGCAUCUCUGGUUCUGUGCUGUCAUCAGACUCAUAAUUACAUUUUCCAGAGGCCAAUUUCAUUAACUGAUUACUUAGGAUCAGCUAGCGAAGCUUGGAACCUCCUUGUCCAGCCUUGACUUACAGAGCAGGGUGGCUUGCAGACCUUUGGACAGAAAAGUUAAGAACAUACACAGAGAAAGCUCCCUGUGAAUGUAAAUAUUUAGAAGGACCUGUGCAAAAUUAUACCCACACCAGCACUAGUAGUAAUGAUUCUAAAUUAUUGCCAAAAAUUGUUUUUAAUCUUCUGUGUCUUUCACGUUUACAGAGAAGAAAGCAGCAAGGACAAUGUUGUCAUUUUAUUGUGUACGUAGAUCAUGUGCAUUCACAGAAGCUGUAUAACAAGAGUUAAUGAUAAAAAAUAAGGUAUAUUACAUUAUUAUUUUUCAAAAGCAAAAAUAUUAUGGUCAAUUUUACCCUGUAAAACAUAUUUAUAGAUUUUAAACAUGGUGAAUUUUUUCUACUACAAGUUUAUUUAAAACUACUUUGUUUCUCAAGUUGUAAUUUAGCAAGUGAAUGAACCUGCUGCAGCUAGAAGCUGAGAAAAGUCCUUCAGUGGUGGGAAAAGAAUGAAUCCUUCUUUGGAGAGCCGUUGGCCCCUUUAGCCAAUGUACCGAGAAGAGAGGUUUGUCAAGUGCUGGCCUGUGGGAAGGAAGUCACUGAGUGUUUUGAUGGAAGGAAUGUUUUUGUGUAAUGGCCUUAAACUUUUCUGGAAGCAUUUCCAAUAAAUUACAUUAAAAUGGCAUCCUCUGUGUGCACACUGUUUGUUCUACAACCAUCACAU